AUGACGCUACUUGCAUGCUUGUUGCUUGCCGUCUCAGCCGUUGCCUCGCCCACCCCGCCUGAUCUCGUCGCUCGCUGGGACCACUCAGCGCUAGGCUCUCAGGCUCCCACCGACGCUCAAGAAGCUACCGCCGGACGCUAUGCGACGUUGAUAGCUUUGCAUGGGAUGCUGGGCGUUCUUGCAUUCCAGGUCGUUGCGCCGGCUGCUGCGAUCGUUGCGGCCGUAGGGAAGGGCUGGAGCAACGGGUUGUGGUUCAGGCUCCACUGGAAGAUUCAGGCCAUGGUCACUGUGCCGACAGUCACCCUCGCAGUCGUGGUGGUUGUCAUAGCGGCUUCUAUGGACGAUUGCGCCAGAGUGUACGACAAGCACCGCACCACCGGUUUCGUCCUCCUGGGCGUCCUAAUCCUCCAACUCGCGCUAGGAUACUACGCGCACUCGCGCCACCAAGCCGUCACAUCCUUCGCCACCUCGUCCGGCCUGCCUGCUCCGCCGCCCAAACGCAGGGCCGCGAAUUGGUUGCACAUGGGUGUCGGGAUUGGACUGUUGACGGUGGGUGGGCUGCAGGUUAUGUGGGGGUUCGAGGAGUAUAAGGAGUUUGCUGGGAAGAGCGUGCCGGGUCUCGCCGGUAUCCCACCCCUCAUCGUCACCCCUUACAUCCUGAUCCGCGGGAUCAAGCGCCUGCGAGCCGGCCACUCCUUCGCCGAGUCAUUCUUCUCCACCCCUCCCUCCUCACAGCCUUACCAACCCCCUCGCAAGCUCUUCCUCGGUACAUCGACGUACAUCGACGAGGCCUACGCUCCUGGCGCUGAGACGGUCUUCGACGCGGAUGCGGAUUUUGAGAAAGAUGGAGUUGGGCACGAAUAUGCGAAGGGAAAGGGAGUGGAUGGAAGGGUGCCGGUCGAGUCGAGUUGGCCUGGUGCUGCGACGCGCGAGGAGUACGAACAGGAGGUACAGUCGUCGAUUGGGCACGGGAGCGUCGUAGGAUCGACGAUCGGUGGCGAAUCGACCUACGACGACUACCGCGACAGGCGCGAGGAGGAAGAGGUCUCGUUGAUCAAGCGCGCAGCGCCAAUCGCGCGCUUUCCAUCGCCCGGAGCAGAGGAAGACGAGGCGCGGCCGACAUACCCGCCGUCAGCAGCCUACGACCCUCCUGCGCCGCCGCCGCCAACUCUCCCUCCUCUUCCGCCCGUCUCCUCAACGUUCUCCCCGCGUCCUACUCUCCCGACAAGCGUCUCUCCUCCCUCCGUCGGCGAAAACCUAACCUUCUCCCCUCGCCUUUCGUUCAUGCCCUUCGCCGGUCCCAACGCGAUCAACCCGCCGGCCCUCACGCUCGCGACUUCGCCCAGUCCCGCGCUCUCAACGACCGAAGCUGUCCUGCGCAAUCAGCCGGACGGAGAAGGCCAGAGCGCAAAGACGCCGACGCUGGUGCCCACUCCGCCUCUUCCGCCGUCGGAGCAGGAGAAGACGGCCAGUCGAGGAGGCGAGACGGCCACGCCUGCGCCGCAACUGACGAGCGACGGCGUACUCUUCACCGUCGAGCGCCGGCCAAGCCAGGUCGCGAAAGUCGAAGGCGAGGCGUCGAAGCAGGAGGUCAAGCCAGCAGCGCAGGAGGCACCGGUUGUCAAGGAGGAAGAGGACGAAGACGAUGUGAUCCUGGCGGACGAUAGCGAGUCGACGAGAGCGGCAAGUGGUUCGGCAACGGCGGGCAGCGUCGUAGCGUGA